UUUUGGGCUUUUUUAUUCAAAAUUAAAAGUUUAGGCUAUAACUGUGAAAAACUGCAAGGUUGUUAUCUUUUUUAGUCAAUAAGCCUUUUUUGUUAUUUGUUUGGUGAAAUUUAUCAUAAACAUGGCUGAUUUUGAACCCUAGCAUUUGGUUAGCGAAAGUAGAAGAUAAAAAUGAAAGCUAGAUCCUAAAACCCUGAUCGAAAAUCUCUCUACUUAAAUUAUUCAUUUCAUAGCACAAUGAGGGUUCCAUAGACCAUGCAUAUUCAAGACCUUCAACAAUUUCGUUUUAUAACUGGAAGGCUGUUGAAUCUAUGUGUUGUGUUUCUCCAUCCUUCUAGUUGCUGUUCUUUUCCACAGGAUGGAAAGGUGUCACAGCUUGAGCAUGUUUUUAUUAGAGGCAGCAAAGUCAGGUUCAUGGUAAUACCAGAUAUGCUAAAGAAUGCUCCUAUGUUCAAGCGCCUGGAUGCUAGAAUCAAGGGUAAGAGCACAUCCCUGGGAGUUGGCAGGGGUAGAUCUGUUGCGAUGCGUGCAAAAGCUCAAGCUGCUGGGCGUGCAGCACCUGGAAGAGGUGCUGUGCCACCUGUUAGGAGGUGAUGCCUUACUUAUGAUUUGAUCUAGAGCUUCUUUUUCUCUCGCUACCCUGUUUGAGUAAUUAGGGUCCCUGAUCUUGAUAUCCCUCAAAAUUUGGUGUAAUUUUUUUAUGGGGAGAAAUGGAAGUAAGUGACUUCCCUAUGCUUGUACACUCGGUAUUUUAAUUUGAAUAUCAAAUAGAUUCUAUAAUUUAUGCAGUGGCAUACUUGUUUC